CAUGCCCGGACAGCCGUUGGCUGUCCGGGCAUGCUGGGGGUUGUAGUUUUGCAACAGCUGGAGGCAUCUUGGUUGGGAAACACUGUUCUAGAUUGAGCCCUAGUCACAUGAUAACCGUUUUAACGUUUACCCUAUUAACAAAAGUAGCGAGCGCCUCUAGCGGCCACAUUUGUGAAAGGACGGAACGCUAGUGACAGUUUAGGGGGAAAAAAAAUGGGCGGGAAUCUGGGGGAUUGUUAUGAAGGGACUCGGGGCGGGAAAUGGGUGUGGCUUAGAGCGUGGGCACGCUUGUCAUUCCCGCCCCCCAUUUAUAAGGCUUGUCAGCCGCGGCGGCCGCUCGCAGUGACGGAGAACACAAGGUUGGGGAGAGACGCGGGAGGCGGUGCUCAUGGCAGCAGCUGGCGGGGAUCCCCGGACGAUGUUAUGUAUGACGGGCUGGAGUGAAGGAAUCCCUGGAGCCGCGCUUCACCCUGCAUUAUCUAAUCACUAGUGUCUAGUCCGCAGUGUCCGUGUGGAAGCUGCAGCCUCUAUGGACGAUCUCCCAUAAACUUGUGUCCCGUGUGGAUUUGUUUGGUCUUGCUGUGUCUUAUGUGGACGUAGCUGUUCUCACCUCUCCCAAGACGAGCUCUGCUGAGGUUCAUGAGGCAGCCGCCCAGUGAGUGUGACAUGGCUCUCAGCGGGACCUUACUGCCAUCCAUCUCCACCUUUACAGCGGGGACCCCGGGCAAGGACAAAGUGUUGAGACAGGCAAGUGUUGGCCACAGGUGGAGAGAAGAGCUGUCCCACAUGAAAAGGCAUCCCGUACUUAACCAGUCUCAGUCUCGGCCCUAUGAUGGUGUAGAGGGACACUCUACAGCUUUGGGGUCUCGCAGAGAUCAAGAAGAAUUCAAUGAGCUGCUGGACUUUGAUUUUAUACUGUCUAAUUCUCUCAUUCAUCAGGAGUCUAUGGUGGCUUCUUCCUCAUCGUCUUCCUCUGCUACUGCCUCAUCACCUCCACCUGCAGUAUCACUACCAGACAGCAUGUCUGGCGCUCUCUCGCCACCUGCCAACUGUAAUUUUACAUACCAGCUACCUUGCCCCCAGGAAGCAUCUGGAGGCACCACCCUUAUAUACAGUCCUAGGGAAUCCACUGUGCCAAACCCCACUUUUAACCUGGCGGAUAUAAAUGAUGUGUCUCCAUCUGGUGGAUUUGUGGCUGAGCUUUUGAGACCUGACUUGGACCCGGUUUAUAUGCAGCAAGCACAGACUAGUCUCCAAGGCAAAUUUGUAUUAAAGGCUGCAGUGGACAUGAGUGAUUAUGGCCAGCCAGUCAGUGUUAGGAAGGGUGGUUCUGGCAUGGACAGUCCCAUGGUAUAUACUAGCCAUCAGCUACCAAGGAUGUGUCAAAAGAUCAAGCAGGAACCACCUGCACCUUGUGCUAUCUCCUGCCAAAUGGAUGGACAAGGUCAGCAGUCACAAGGGCAGCAUGACUUCCAAGUGGGAAGGGUGCUGCCAAGCAGGACUAACCAACCUUUGUCCCCAGAUGAGCUAAUGGUAAGAGAUUGCCAUGCAUCCCCUCAGGCAUUAAGCCACCCAUCUCUGUCAAUACCUCCUGGCUACCAUACUUCUGCAAGUUUUCCUCAUUUUUCACCUGACCAGCAGCAGUCCCAGCUGCCUCCAACUCAGCUUCAGUAUCAAGGUCAGUCUUAUCUAAAUCUUUUUGAAGAACCUUUAAACUUUCAACUAUUGAAACAAGAAGUGAUGCUGACUCCACCCUCUUCACCUCUAGAGCUUUUAACCCCCGGCAGCUGUAUGUCAGAAGAUGUUAAGCCCAAGAGGGGUCGCAAGUCCUGGCCCAGGAAAAGAACAGCAACUCACACGUGUGAGUAUGCAGGCUGUGGAAAGACCUACACCAAAAGUUCACAUCUAAAGGCCCAUCUGCGCACACAUACAGGUGAAAAGCCAUACCACUGUGACUGGGAAGGCUGUGGGUGGAAAUUUGCUCGCUCUGAUGAACUGACACGCCACUACCGGAAACACACUGGUCAUCGGCCUUUCCAGUGUCAAAGGUGUGACCGCGCUUUCUCUAGGUCAGACCACCUUGCCUUGCACAUGAAAAGGCACUUCUGAGUGCAUGAAGUAGUCACAGACCCAAUACUGCCACAGGAUUUUCAGUAUUUAUAGUACACACAAUACAUGGAGAUGGGAGGAAAACAAAUAUAAGCACUACAAGCUGCCAUGUGUUGUGAAAAGACUUGGGAGUCUCAAUUGACUGCAUCACCAUUCUCGAUUACAUGCCUGAGAACAUACCAUUUUAAUGAACACUUUCUAUAAGAGAAUAUUGUCUUUGACUUCAAUCAUUCCAUUGUUGGAUAAAACUGGACAUUUUUGUUUAUUGACUAUAUCUCAAGGGUCAAUGACUGGAAAAAAUAGUGGUUGCACUCUUACCAGGUGUCCUAUAUAGGCCCACCUGCUGCUGUCUUCUCAUCCAGCUCCACCAGCCAGGUGAAGGGCUUACAUGUUCUUCUGAUGAGUAAACCUCUGGUUACCGAAUGAAAUGUGUAACAUACAAGGAAGACUGAAUUUCUUUUCAUUCCAUGCAAAACUCUAACAAGUGUGCAUUUUCACACACAUAGUAAAAUAAAGCUAAUAAAAUGCUGGUUGAAGGAAUAAAGUCAUAUUAGCUAAAGGUGCUUAAAGGCUCAUACUUUAAAGGUACCAAAGAUUGAAGCCAAAGUUCUCAAACUGCUGCAUAUUUGACAAGGAAACCUAGUUUGUCUUCCGAUCCUUUUUUUUUAUUUUCUUGAAUUGACCAAAGUCAGGUGUGUAAACCUGAUUUAUUUAGAUAAAAUGUUUGUAUAUGCAGACAGUAUGUGAUGCACUGUGGUUUCUGUGUGCAAUAAUGUGUACAAUGGUCUACUUCCACAUAUGCCUUACCCAGAACAAAUGUCUUGUGUUUUCUAUAUAGGACUUUACAUAUAAAAUAUGUAAUAUAAAUUUAUGACAACUUCUAUUUUGUAUAUUUGUAAACUAUGAAGUAAAUUGAACUUUUUUGGAGUUUGUAUUUUCCCUAUUCAUUAAGUUUUAAAUAAACCUAUAUUUUAUUUGGCGGA